UUCAACCGGAGACCUCAACCAAUUCCAAUCGCUUCAGGGAAAAAGAUCUGAGAUAUUCAGUGGCUUUCAUUCCGCGAGCUUCGGUUGGAAUCAGUUUUUAAGUUGAUUAAGUUAAGUUUAAUGGAAGACGCGAAUCAGCAGAGCCGCGACCGGUUCGCCCCAAUCUCGUCUCCUGGUGCAGGAGACACAACUGUUGAGCUGCAUAAUUUGACCGAGCAGCCACUUUCACCAAAAGAUGAAAGAAUUGUCUCUGGAACUCCACCUUUGAAUGCAGCCAUCCCAGCAGUUUCAAGAAGCAGCAAAGAUAAGACUGCAACUUCAGGAACAAGUGGAACUAUUAGCAAAAUGCAACCAUUCAACUCAUAUACACCUGUAGAGCAGGGUUAUUAUUUUGGAGGUUAUGAAAAUGGAAGUGGUAACUGGGAUGAACAUUCAAGUUAUGUCAAUGCCAACAACUUGCAUGUCAUGCAGCCAGCAAUGUACAAUGAGAACUCUUCGAUCAUCUAUCAUCCCGGCUAUGGCUUUGACUCACAGAUGGCAUACGGACAGUUCUCACCGCUUCCUAGCCCUAUGUCACCAAUAGUGAUUGAUGGUCAACUUUUCCCACCACACCAAAUGCCCGUGGCUCCAUCAUACUAUGCACCAUCAGUUUCACCGGGUCCGCCACAUGUUACCUCAGCGCAUCCAGUUUCUCAGCCUGAGUUAAUGGCUUCAGGAAGUAACAAUCAAGAGAAUUUCGUGGACAAUGCGUUUUUUGGACCAGGAUCAGGUUACUAUGUACCAUUAGGGCCUUUUAGUGGGGAGCUUUCUGGUAAUAGUGGCCUCGGUCUUUACAAUUUCCCUGGCGAGUUGGGAUCCAGUGAGCCAUUGCCAAGUAGUUCAAGCUCGUUGGACACUAGCAGGUUCAUGUCUCCACUAGCUUCUGGAACUUUAUACCCUCAACCCAUUGGCGUACUUGGAUCAUAUGAACAAAAUGUUGCACAGGCAUCAUUUCAAGGUUUUGGGUUAACAUCAAGCUCCUCUUCUAGACGUUUACCCCAUGUCAAUUCUUACCAAAGCACUGUGGGUUCAGGUUAUAACCGAAAUCGAUUUGUCGGUGACAACAGUGGCAGACGUGAGAAGGAACAAGGUACUGCCAAUGUGUCUGCUGAUGCACUUGCUCUGUCAAGUGAUCGGAACAGAGGACCCAGAUCUUCAAAGCCCAAAAGCAAGAGUUUCCCCGAAGAUGGAUCUUCUGCUGGCACUAAAGCUGUUGAAUCCACUUCUGGCAUUCAAAUUCAUAGUGUCAAUUCCCCAGAUUUUAUAACUGAAUAUGAACGUGCAAAAUUCUUUGUUAUUAAGUCCUUCAAUGAAGACAAUAUCCACAAAAGUAUUAAAUAUAGUGUUUGGGCAAGUACGCCGCUUGGAAAUCGGAAACUUGAUGCUGCCUACCAGGAGUCAAAGGAAAUGGAAGGUGUUUGUCCUGUCUUCCUCUUCUUCUCUGUUAAUGCUAGUGGACAGUUUUGCGGUGUAGCCGAGAUGGUUGGCCAUGUUGACUUCGAGAAAGAUGCUGAUUACUGGCAGCAAGACAGGUGGAGUGGUCAAUUUCCAGUCAAGUGGCAUAUGAUAAAAGAUGUACCCAACAGUCGCUUCCGUCACAUUUUACUUGAAAAUAAUGACAACAAGCCUGUCACACAUAGUCGAGAUGCUCAAGAGGUGAAACUGGAACAGGGAGUUGAAAUGUUAAAAAUAUUCAAGAAUCAUGAUGCUGAUACUUCCCUUCUUGAUGAUUUCAACUUUUAUGAUGAGCGAGAGAAGGCUUUGGUGGAGCGGAAGGCAAAGCAUCGAACCAGUUCAACUGGAAAUACAACAACGGGCCUUGCAAAGGAUUCAAUAAAUCAACUUUCAAAUAACUUGGCUGACACCCUCCAUUUGGAUGGUGGUAAAAAGCUUCCCAAGGUGGAGCUGGAGUAAUGAUGGUUGUAGUCUUUGAGAAUUAUGAUCGAUGAGGUGAUAUCUUCAUCUCUUCAUGGGUUCAUCUUUGCUAUUAUUUGUUCCUUCUAUGUCACCUACCUAAUCUAAUUUUUCUGCGAGUCUGAGUAGUUGGUCCUCAUAUGGAGCCUUAGGUUAGCCGGUGCUGUGAAAAUUUGGGCUCACCUUUUCCUUCUUAUUUUUUAUUUUCCCUUUCAUCCUUUCUCCAUUUAUUGCUUCAUUAUUCUCACUGAAAGGGAUGGUAUCGGGCAUAGGAUUAUCGUGUGCCUCUCUCCUAAUACUUACCUGUUGUACUUUAGCUUGAUUUUUAGUGCAGGACAAUUAUUUCA